AUGGGUUUAGGGUUGAGAAACUUCACUGAGAGAAACAAUAAUGGACAACCUGUCCUGGACACUGAGAAUGGGGAGGAACUCAAGCACAUGCAGCAUGGUGUGGACCUUGUGCUUGCCAACGUCCCUCCCAUCUCCUCCGGCAUACUCUAUAUUACUACUAAGCAAGUGAUAUGGCUCAACGAUGUAGACAACACCAAGGGAUAUGCUGUUAAUUUCUUGUCUAUUUCCCUCCAUGACAUCUCAAGAGACCCAGAUGCCUACCCCCAUCCUUGUUUAUACACCCAGAUUGACACUAAUGCUGAAGAGGAUGGUUCCGAAAACUCCGACUCUAAAUCCAUUGACAUACAGGAUUUAUCCAAGAUCACAGAGAUGAGGUUUAUCCCCUUUUAUCCUUCUCAAUUGGAUACUUUGUUUCAAGUAUUUUGUGAGUGUGCAGAGCUUAAUCCAGAACCAAAUGAUGGAGAAGAGCAUGAUUGGGUUUUCAGUGCUGAUCAGAUGGAAGGGGAAGAGGAAGAAGGUUAUAUCUCUCAUAAUCCAGUGAACUCUCUUGGUCUGUCAAAUGGACAUCAUGAUCUAGCUCGUACAGUACUUGAGCUUCAUAUCAACGAUCAGCGUUUUGAGGAUGCAGAAGAGAUGGAGCACGAUGAGGAUGGCACUCAUAAUUGA